AUGUCAACAUCCCCAGAACCCGGUCCGAUGAACGGGCAUACCUCACCCUCAGGGGACGAAGAUACAACACAUGUAGCCGACUUCUCCAGAAGUGAUAGCGACUUGUCGGACACACAACCGGCCGAGGUUGACGCCGCAUCCUCGGACUCGGACGAUGCCGCCGGCUCGGCGGACGAGGGCCCGGCGUUUACCACCGAGGAGCAAGAUGACCAGUCCGGGUCCACUGAUAAUGAUGGCCCGGGUGAUGAAGAUUUCGAUGCCCCGGGCAGCCCGGCCUCUGGACAAGGCCAUGAUGUUUCUGAUGAGGCCGAGUCGGCCUCUGCACAUGCCGCCGCCAAACGGAAAUCCGGUCAGACAAUAGAAGACGAUUUCAUGCGGGAGAAUCCAGAGCUGUAUGGCUUGAGGCGCAGUUCCCGUCCCUCGCAACGUCGGAAACUCGUUGACUCAGAAGAUGAAGAGGAAGGCUCUGAUUUUGAUACAAGGCUUGCUCCGAGAAAGACGACGACUAAACGCCGUCGCCUCGAACGUUCACUGCCUACUUCUAAGCGAGGCACGCCGGCUCGUCAGGCCUCUGCAGACGAUUCGGACUCCGACACAUACGGCGGUGCGAAAGCCCGCAUGUUCCGGAAAAAGGCUCGGCGACAGCAAGAACUGCAACCGUUUGCCGAGAAGCGAUGGUCCAACCGUCGUGCCGCUCAAGUGUCGGCCGGCGCUUACCAAGAAAGCGACGUGGACGACAACGAAGGGGAAGACGAGGCCACCCCCGGCUAUUGGGCCGCGGACGUAGAGGACAAUUCGCCUUACAUUGAAAAGAUCCUCCGCCAUCGCCCCAAAGAAGGCAUCGAGCUCACGCCCGACGCUACUCGGCACGACUUUGAAUUUUUUAUCAAAUGGCAGGGCAAGUCUCAUCUCCACAACACUUGGGAGAGCACCGAUACUGUCGCUGGCUUCCGCGGCUUCCGCCGCCUUGAGAACUACUAUAAGAAAAUGGUAGAAUACGAGCUUGAUCUGAAGUUUGGCGGCGAUGAGAUUAGCCCCGAACAGCGCGAGCAAUGGUCGUUAGACAGAGAGCGUGAAGAAGAAGCAUUGGAAGACUACACCAAGGUCGAACGCAUCGUCUCCGUCCGCGAUGGAGACGAAGACCUCGAAUAUCUCGUCAAGUGGAAAGGCCUCCAGUACGAUGACUGCACAUGGGAAGAUGCCACCGUGAUCAGUGGUCAUGCACAAGACAAGAUUGACCAAUUCCUGGAUCGGUCGUCACGCUCCUGGCAAUCAGAUCGAAGAGAAGCAAACCCCGAUACCCGCUCAAGGAUGACCAAAUUGGAGCAGCAGCCAUCCUAUGUCACGAAUGGCGAACUUCGCGAGUUCCAGCUAAAGGGACUCAACUUCCUUGCGCUCAACUGGACACGGGGGAACAACGUCAUUCUGGCCGACGAAAUGGGUCUCGGUAAGACGGUCCAAACUGUCUCAUUUCUCAGCUGGCUCCGCAACGAUCGCGGCCAAGAGGGGCCUUUCCUUGUCGUCGCCCCUCUUAGUGUCAUCCCAGCGUGGUGCGACACUUUCAACCACUGGGCUCCAGAUAUCAACUACGUCGUCUACCUGGGCCCCGAGGCGGCCCGCGCCAGCAUCCGAGAGCACGAGCUGUUCGUAGAUGGAAAUCCGAAGAAGACCAAAUUCAAUGUUCUGGUCACCUCUUACGACUAUAUUCUUGCCGAUGCCGAGAAUCUCAAGGGCAUCAAGUGGCAGGUCCUCGCAGUCGACGAGGCUCAUCGCCUGAAGAACCGGGAAUCCCAACUGUACCACAAGCUUAACAGUUUUGGUAUCCCCUGCCGGGUCCUCAUUACCGGCACACCAAUUCAGAACAACCUUGCCGAGCUGUCGGCACUUUUGGACUUUCUCAACCCCGGAAAGGUCUUGAUUGACGAGGAGCUUGAGUUGCUCUCGUCGGCCGAUAACAAGGAGGUCGCCGACGAAGAGCAGAGCGAGGCCAAGCGCAAGAAGACUCAAGAAAAGCUUCGGGAAUUACAUACCUCCAUUGCGCCUUUCAUCUUGCGCCGGACCAAGGAGACGGUCGAGUCUGACCUACCGCCGAAGACGGAGAAGAUCAUUCGUGUCGAACUCUCCGACGUCCAGCUGGAAUACUACAAGAAUAUCCUCACGCGGAACUAUGCUGCCCUCCGUGAUGCUAGCAAUGGUCAUAAACAAUCCUUGCUCAAUAUCAUGAUGGAGUUAAAAAAGGUCAGCAAUCACCCGUACAUGUUCGCGGGUGCCGAAGAGCGGGUGCUUGCUGGGAGCUCUCGUCGAGAGGACCAAAUCAAGGGCCUCAUCACCAGCAGCGGCAAGAUGAUGCUCCUCGACCAACUCCUUGCGAAGCUAAAGAAGGACGGCCACCGUGUCCUAAUCUUCAGUCAGAUGGUUAAGAUGCUCGACAUCUUGGGCGACUAUCUUCGAGUACGCGGUUAUCAGUUCCAACGGCUGGACGGCACAAUCCCCGCUGGGCCUCGCCGUAUGGCCAUUAAUCACUUCAACGCCGACGACAGUGACGACUUCUGCUUCUUAUUGUCAACAAGAGCUGGCGGCCUGGGCAUCAACCUGAUGACCGCUGACACAGUCAUCAUCUACGAUUCGGACUGGAACCCCCAGGCCGAUUUGCAGGCAAUGGCGCGAGCCCACCGGAUCGGGCAGAAACGGCCUGUUAACGUCUAUCGCCUGGUUGCUAAGCAGACCAUCGAAGAAGAAGUCGUUAAUCGCGCGCGCAAUAAACUCUUCUUAGAGUACCUUACCAUUCAAGCCGGCGUCACGGAUGAGGGCAAGGCCCUCCGUGAGCAGUUCAAAGAGAAAGGUGUGAAUAUCGACGAGGCAAAGACGGCCGAGGACAUCUCUAUGAUUCUCAAGAUGCGUUCUCAGAACUUGUUCGAACAAUCCGGGAACCAAGAGAAACUCGAGCAACUUGAUAUCGAUGCGAUACUCGAGAAUGCCGAGGUCACCAAGACUGACGUUGAUGACAAAAUCAACCUCAGCAGUGGCGGUAUUGACUGGGAGAAUUGGAUGCAAGUCACGGAUGUCAAAGUCGACGAUCUGGCUCUCGACUGGGACCAAAUCAUUCCUGCGGAAGAGCUUGCUGCCAUCAAGGCAGGAGAAGAACAGAAAAAACAUGAUGAGUACCUAGCCAAGGCGAUGGAAGAAAAUGCUCCUCGCAAGGCUGCGCUCAAAGGCUCUAAGAAGAGUAUCGAAACUGACCGGGCCGAACGUCUCGCGAAGAAACGACAACGCGAGAAACAGGAACUGGAUGAGCUGGAAGAGCAGCGGGCGUUGCUUUCGGAUCCACGGCGUCCUCUUAACGAGAAAGAGACGCGCAAUCUCAUCCGCGCCUUCUUCCGUUACGGAUUUUUUGACGACCGCGAGGAAGAAAUCGUCCACGAUGCUCGUCUUAGUGACCGGGACCACGGGUUCCUCAAGUCGAUUAUUGAAGAACUUACCACUGUGAGCAAACAAGCUGUGGAUGCCAAUGCUGAGAAACUGCGCGAGGAAGAGGAGAAGGCAGGAAAGCCUCUCGCGAAAAAAGACAAGAAAGCUGUUUUGGUGGAUUUCGGGGAGGUUCGCAAAGUCAACGCCGAAACCGUUGUGGAUCGGCCGCCUCAGCUUAAGCUCCUGCGCCGCGUGCUUGAAGAACACGGCGAUGCCAUGACGUUCAGGCUGCCAGAUGCCAGUAAAUCAGCCCAGUACUCCUGCGAAUGGGGAGCGCGCGAAGACGGCAUGCUCCUUUUAGGGAUUGACAAGUAUGGCUUUGGCGCCUGGACGCAGAUCAGAGAUGAUCCUGAGCUUCAAAUGCACGAAAAGUUCUUCCUGGAAGAGCACCGAGUGGACAAGAAAGAGGAACGCCGCAAAACUGACGACAAGGGCAUUCAGUCCCCGGGCGCUGUUCAUCUUGUUCGGCGGUCAGAAUAUCUCUUAUCCGUCCUCAUGGCCAAAUAUUCUAACGAUCCGAACGCAAAAAAGGCGGUCGAAAAUCAUCACCGCAGCAAGAAGCUUCUGACGAACGGUGCGAGCCAACACCGUGAUCGCGAUCACCACCGGUCUUACAGCAACGCCAACGACCGCGGGACUCCACGGCCAGACAAGCGAAAGUACAGCGAUGACUAUGACGACCGCAAUGCCAAGCAUCGAAAGGUGGAAGCCGACAACAGGCACGAAAAGAAGGUCAAGGUGAAGGAAAAGCCAAGGAUGGACGCGGCGACCAUGGAGAGAUACAAGCACGACAGGCAGAAGGCGGUUGAACGGUUCCAGGAGCUUGCGAAGUUGCCUGAUGACAAGAUUGACAACUCCGAUAAUACUCAACUGGUCUGGUCAGUUCUCCGGCCGCUUAAGGCAAACAUGGAGCGCAUCAUAUACUCCAAAGAGCGGUACCCGGCCACGAAAGAACGGGCUAGAAUCCUGGGAGAGGAGAUUCGCGCGUUCGGAAGCUUCCUGAAGGGCCUGCGGGCAGACGGCACCGACCUUGACAGCCUGGAGCCCCAGUUCUGGGAAUUUUUGUCCUCGAUCUGGCCCAUCGGCGAAGUGAAGGUUUCCGGCAAGCGGCUCCAGAAGAUGUUUGGCGAUCUCCUGGAGAAAGACAGGGCGGAGCGAGAGGAGGGCCGAGCCAAGGAGGCCAGGCGUGGGAGGAACCCGGACCUCGAGGAUGGCGAGAUUGCGAGUGACCGCGAGGACCGCCGUGCCCGAGACCCCUACCGCGACGACCGGCGCGAGGAGCGGCGCGAGGAAAGGCGCGAUGACAGGAGGGACGACCGCCGGGAGGAGCCCAAGCGCCGCAACUACUACGAAGACGGCGACCGUCUAAACUUCCAGCGCCACCGCCGGUCGGAAAACAGAAAUGUCCCUGUCCGGAACUCGCUGUGGCAGAACCGGAGCCCGCCGGCCAGGCACAGCCCUUAUUAG